CCAUACUUCAUUUAACAAAAACAAUACUGUACUACUAAUACUAUAUCUUUCUCUGUUUCUCUCUCUUUGUUGAGAGUGAUAAAAGCUUAUUACUAUAAGCUUUUGCCUUUGCUUUGCUUUGAAGCUUAGUACUAUUUUCUUUAGCCAACAUGGGUGCAAUGAAGUUGCUGGUUGUGGCGAUUGUUUUCACGGCGGCGACGGUGGCCGGAGCUCAGGUACAUCAUGUAGUCGGAGAAGAUAGAGGGUGGGACCCAUCUACUAAUGUUGCUUCUUGGUCCUCAAACAGAGUUUUCAGAGUUGGUGACAAAAUCUGGUUCACCUACUCCGCAGCUCAGGAGAGUUUGGUGGAGCUUAGAAGCGAGGAAGAUUUUACAUCGUGUGAUGUAACGAACCCGAUCAAGAUGUACACGGACGGCUUGGAUACGAUAUCACUCGAAGGAGAAGGAAUCAGGUACUUCGCUAGCGGGAACACGAAGAGCUGCAAAAAUGGGCUUAAAAUACCUGUUAAUAUCCAGCCCAAAGAGCAAAACACGGCCCAAAAUGUUGGAUCAAUGGCUGUAGCUGAUGGGCCGACAUUACCUUCUGCAUCAACAAAUUUAAAUGGGCUUUCAUACCUUCUGGUUGUUGGAUUAUCAAUCUUCUUAUGCUUAUUGGGCCUUUAGAUGAAAAAAAAAACAAUUAUGAGUUAUGGACUCUAUUAAGUAGGAUUAUUAGUAGGAAGAUGUACCACUUUAUUUGAACUAAUAUAUUAAUACGUUGGCUUUGUUUUGGCCUUA